UCCGCAUAGUUUGCAUCAAACAAAUCCAUACACACAAAGCUCACAUACACUCAAACACAGACCAGAAGAGAAGAAUGAAGACAUCAUACACGGCAGUGUUCGCGGCGGCAGCAGUGGUGGUGCUCCUACUGCUGACGGAAGCGGAGCUGUCGACGGCGGUGACGUGCAACCCGACGCAGCUGAGCCCUUGCGUGGGUGCCAUAACAUCAGCUCCACCGUCCAAGGCGUGCUGCAGCAAGAUCAAGGAACAGAAGCCUUGCCUCUGCCAAUACCUCAGGAACCCCAACCUCAAGAAAUUCGUCAACACACCAAAUGCCAGGAAAGUUGCCUCCACCUGUGGGACUCCCUUUCCAAAGUGCUGAAAAACCUCUCCUUUUCACCAUAUGAAUGUGGUUUAUUAUAGCAGCGGUGUGGGAUUAUCUUUGUUUUGAUGUCUUUAGUAAGCACUAAGUUCAUAGCCUCUGUCAUUGUCACGUUUCACCACUUUGUUUACUGUUUCUGUGUGAUCUAUCUGAGAUAUUCUACCAGUUGUUGCAGACGUAAUCUUGUUUAAUGGAAAUCAGUGUUGGAUUAUUACUCUUA